CUCAAGCGCCCCCAGAUCAGUGAGAGGAGCAGGACCCGACUGCAGGCUGGCUCCAGAAAGUCCUCAUGACUUUGCAAGGUUCCCAGCCCGGAGUCGCGGCCCUUUAGCGGGCAGCAGUGUCUGUAGUGGUCCCAGAGAACAAGGACGUGGGACAGCUAGCUGCCUUUUGUUUUGUGUUUGAGCCUGGCUCUCACUGUGUAGACCUUGCUGGCUUCGAAUUCACAGAGAUCCACCUGCCUCAGCCUCCUGAGUGCUGGGGGUGACAGGGCGUGUGCGCCUUCUCCCCACCACGAGCAGUAUGCUGGUAUUUUAUGGCUUGUCUUUACCAUUUAAAGAAACUGAAAGUAAGAUAGAACAGGCAAGCGAAAUGCCAGUGGGCCCCGUGCCAAGCUGGCUCAUCCAUCCCCUUACCCCCAGCUAAGUGGAGAGCAGGGUCCUGUGCACAGUGUUCAGGUCCAGCUGAUUGCUUGGUACUCAGUCAAGUCUUUCACACCGCCGCUAAGCCCCAACCUCCAGCCUGUAAAGGAGAGUGGAAAUCGUGGCUAUCUGGUUAAGUGCUCUGGAGGACAUAGCAGGAUGCGUUUCUAAUGCCCGCAGCUGCCCCGGAUGUCCUCUGGGAAGAUAUCCAGAUGUGUAACCCGCAAAAAUGUGCCCUGAACCGAUUAUGGAAAUGGAAAGCGAAGAAGAAAAAUGGGAGAAGCUGGAUGCAGAAUUUGAUCACUUUGUGGUAGAUAUGAAGCCCUUUGUUCUAAAAUUACCCCACAGGUCAGAACGGCAGAGAUGUGCUCUUUGGAUCAAAAAGCUGUGUGAGCCCUCAGGAUCAGGUGCAGGACUUAUGGGUAGGAAGAAUCGGAACCUGUAUGCAAAGCUGUUACUGCAUAUGCUUAGGCGAGGAGUACUUGAAGGCCCUUUUACACAACGUCCUGAGCCAGGAACACUAAAAACAUUACCAUCAUAUAUGUCCAUCUAUUUUGAUGAACCAAAUCCAGCACAACCAAAAGGUUCAAGUCCAGAGAAGCUACCCGACUGGGUAAUGGGUGAACUGGAGACAGGCGAACCUAAAUUAAGUGAAUCAUGGCAGUCCUCUUCUGGGGAAGACAACAUGCUGGUGCUGUCAACAUGUGACGCCCACAGUAGAGAACAGUACACUGGAAAGCUCCAGACGAGGUCCCAUUCCAUGAGUUCAACUUACAAAGAAGACAGAAAACAUAUUGCUUCGAAGAUCUUCGAAGCUCAUUCAAAAGAGUCUCCUGUUUCUUUGGAUGACAGUGACAUUGAAGCUCGCCUGAAUAGUUGGAAUCUUGGGAUAGAAAAUCCUCGAUACCUGAGACAGAAGCCUCUCCCAGUUUCUCUGAUAACUCCAAAGGUCAGCCUGAAGAAGUCUAGCAGUAUUCAUGAUGAUCAUUUUCUCUCUCAAAUGCAUGAGAAGGAGUUGGACAUGAGAACAAAAAUGAUGGAAGCAAAGUUUUAUGAAGAAAAGCUUAAGCUGCAACAGAAACAUGAUGCUGAUGUGCAGAAGAUUUUAGAAAGAAAGAAUAAUGAACUAGAAGAUUUGAAAAUCUUAUAUAGAAAGAAACAAGCUGAAAAUGAUGAAUCUGUGAGAAAGCUUGAAAAGAAAGUUCAGAUCCUUAUACGUGACUGUCAAGUUAUCAGAGAAACUAAAGAAAACCAGAUAGCAGAACUGAAGAAGAUGUGUGAGCAAAGCACAGAAUGUCUGAAUAACGAUUGGGAAAAAAAGCUUCACAGUGCUGUAGCAGAAAUGGAAAAGGAAAAGUUUGAGCUUCAAAAGCGGCACACUGAGACUAUCCAAGAACUGCUGGAGGACACAAACAUGCGCCUGAAUAAAAUGGAGGGCGACUACAUGGUGCAGACACAGUCCACAAACCACAUGAUCAAAGAACUGGAGGGCCGUGUCCAGCAGCUGACAGGGGAAGCAGAGAACAGCAAUCUACAAAGGCAGAAAUUGAUUCAAGAAAAACUGGAGCUUGAGAGAUGUUACCAGAUGACCUGUAGUGAAUUACAAGAACUAAAGACAAGGCGUAACAUACUACAUAAAGAGAAAGAACAUCUUGCAAGUGAUUAUGAGAAAAAUAUGAAAUUAUUAAAAACCAAAUACGAUUCCGACCUAAACCUGCUAAAACAAGAGCACGAGCUUUCCGUUUCUAAGACAUCCGGUGUGAUUGAAAAAUUGGAACAGAACAUCUGUCAAUUAAAACAGCAGAUCCAGGAGUCAGAGCUUCAGAGGAAACAGCAAACAAAAGAUCAAGAAAAUAAGUUUCACAUGGAGAGGAAUCAUUUAAAACACACCUAUGAUAAAAAGGUUCAUGAACUGCAGAGUGAACUUGAUAAGGAGAAAGAAGGUACUCAGAGGAAGAUCCAUAAAUUUGAGGAAGUUUUGAAGGAGAAGGAGGAGCAGCUCAGCCGCAUGACUGAGGUUCAGAGGUCGCAGGCCCAGCAGGCAGAUGCUGCCCUGGAGGAGUUUAAGCGGCAGGUGGAAGUGAACUCUGAGAAGGUCUAUGCUGAGAUGAAAGAGCAGAUGGAAAAGGUGGAGGCAGAUCUAACUAGAUCCAAGUCUCUUCGUGAGAAGCAGUCCAAGGAGUUCCUGUGGCAGCUAGAAGACAUCAAGCACAGAUAUGAACAGCAGGUAUAGAAUGCAAGGCAUGUCCGGUUCCAUCACCAGCUGUAGUUCCAUGCUGAGUCGGUGAGAGACCAACACUAGAACCUGAGCUGUUCCCAUAAGCUCCGCCUUAAACACACUGCUGUGGAGUUCCUGGAGCAGAAGUGGAACCCAGAUGCAUUUGGAGUUGUUUUAAGAUGGCUCUCUAAUGGAGAACUAUACAAUGUGCACUGUUACAUCUGUGAGACAGUACGUUUUCCCAGUGUGGAGCAUGUUCAGGUGUCCGGUGGGAGGAUUGUAAGGAUAUGUUGUGCAUUUGGGGCUAUCCCCUUGUGAAGGUCCCUUCCAUACUGAACAUCCUGUGAUUUUCUAUUCAUCUGAUCUCAGCUUCUCCAUGAGAGAUGUGCACUUGUCUUGUGCCAUGAUGGACUCUUUCUGUAGGUAUCUGCCUCACCAGAUUUCUCAUACACUUCCACCUACUUUCUCAGUUACCGUUCAUAUCAAAAUGUCACAUGCUUUCCAUUAUUUUGUCUUCCUUUUCUGCAAAGGUAAACAUUUAGACACUGAGAUUAUAGCAUUUCUGCCGAGCCUAUACUUCUCUCACUGGGGCAGAGUUGUGGUUAGCAAAUAGGGUUGUGGGGGGUUCCCUAUAUUCUUCCUGAAGUGCUGGAUUCAUGUCAUUAUUUUAACAGAAAGCGUGUAGCUUCACUAUUGAGGUAAUAUUCAUAUUAAAACAAACAUAGACUUUCCUGCUAUGUAAAAUGUAGAGUUCUCACAAAUUUUAACAUGAAUUGGACAUUUGAAAGAAGCAUUCAGUUUGCAGUCUGCUUAGGGUUGUGGCCUCAGGUCCCCCCUCAUGGGGAGGGGGCACAAGUCAUUUGCACUGCUGGGAGAUUCUUCACUGGCAAAGUUUCAGAAGUACUUGCCAGUCAGUCCUUAUGUUUUAUCAUGAAGGAACUGACAUUCAGAGGCAGUGAGAGACUUGUGCCCUCUGGGCCUCAGUUUCCUUCUCCAGGCUUGGUGUUUGAGCCCCUCCCAUAUAGAAAACAUCAUGCUGGGAGCUGUAAUGAUGUUAGGAAAGCAAAGAACAAAUGUCAUGGGACAAAUGGCGGGCACAGAGUGUACAAAUGUGGAAGAGAAACUUCAAACAUACAGGAUAAAUACUCACAAGUAUCCUGUGAAGCCCAAGCUUCCAUCAGGAUUUCCUGUUUCUUUCCUGUAUGAGCCACUGGAACACAAGGACAAUUCUAAUUGUCCUUUCACAGACUUCAUUCAAGUUGGAAACAAACAGCCAGCGAGGCAUGCUAGGAUUUCCUGAUCGGGGAAAUGUGGUUUUGACAAUUCUUCCUUAUCUCUCUUUAAUCUUCUAUUUUGUAUCUUCCCUUUACACUACAAAGCCUUUAAAGAGAAAUGUUUUUCAGAUAAACAAGUGUUCACAACUUUCAAAAAGAGUGUUUAUUGUCAGUGAUUGUGAAAACAACAUGGGGGCCAUCCUCUAGCAAGGCCAUGAUUUGAAUGAUUUGAAACAAAGUGUCUUGGCAAGAAACUCAGUGGCACAGUCAAACUGGCCAUUCUGCAAGAUACACAAAUGGGAAGUUUUCAGUUAAGACCAGUUGGGACGUUGAAGGAGACUGUUUACACUCAAUAGAAGACAGGAGGAAGAGCGGGAGGAGGAGAUUUUCAUUCAUUCGCUGGCCUGGGUCAUAGAAAGUAUAGACUUGUGGACAGGGCCUCAUCCCCGACUGAGUUACUGCCUGGAGCAGAGGGAUGGAGCCCUGCUGAAACUAGAGAGGGAAGGGGUGGCGUGGAUGUUCUUGUGUGAACACACUCCUGAGGAUUCUUCUCACUGGAUGUGUGUCUUUGUGAGACAGGACAAGUGUGUUUAUUGAGACUAGAGAACUACAGGAGCAGAGGAGCUGAGUUAAGUGGGAUUUUUACAUUACUUUGGUGGUUAUCAGAAUGAGCUAGCCACAAACUGUUAGGAGAAAAUGUUUCUUCGUUAUUUAGGUCCUAGAUGUGGUUAGUCACCAAAAAUUUGUGAUCCUCCCUUUUCCAAAUGUAAUUUCAUAUAAUUUUUAACUUCUAGAUGUGUAUAAUUUAUUGUAUAUUCUGUACAGUAUGCUGCUCUUUUACUCUUUGUAUUCUAUUCACUUUGUACUUUUGGGGAAUAAAACAAACAAA